GGUAAAAUUGAAACAAGCAGUUCCUGGCCAUGGUCACUAAUGGACAUCAAGAUAAGAGAAACACUAGGCAACCAAUACAAGGUUGGAAAAGCCUUAAAGAGCUUAAACGUUUUACCGGACCUCUAUACAAAUUAUGAAUAG